AUGCGAUUCCAUUGCCUACCCUUGUUCAUAAAAAUCUCUGAGAACCAUGAUCCCAAUACAGAACUUCAGUUUUUUUCUUUCAACUGCUCUUUUUACACCCCCACCAUGGAGUUAGUCCAGGUGAAGCCACCCACCACCUUUUUCAACUCCCCAAGCUUGACAUGGACGAAGGGGAGAUAUGUGGGCAAGAUCACCUUGAGCAGCUCAGCCCGGCUGGAUGCCCUGGAGGUGAACCACUAUGAACUAGAGAUCCUGUAUACGUGUGGCAACUUUUCGAGGGAUGCAAAGCUCUUUGUGGAUGUGCAGCGGGAUCGUGAACUGAUUCGAUGUACUGGCCGAUUUACUGGCCCAGCUGGGGAAAUCAUUCAGGUGCCGGAGACAGUCACACCUGGGGCUCGGCUCUACACUCUGUUACUCCCAGGCAUGGAAUUCCAGAAAGUCAAGAUGAGCAUCACCAAUGCACAGGACCCUCCACUUUUCCCUGGACCUUUUUCCAUUGAUGGGCCUGGUUGGUUACGGGCACCAUCAGAGGGCCUCAAGGGGCAUGCUAAGAAGAUCUUCCCGCUCAAGAUUUUGGUUACCUUUGGAAUGAAUAGAAGCUGUCAUGGGAUGGUGGUGGUGAAAGUCUUGCCUGUUCCCUCCAGUCACCUCUCCUUCCUGACAUACAACCAGACUAUCACUAUACGGGAGGAUUUGGCUCCUGGAAGUGAGGUAGUUCAGGUCCAAGCCCAGGGCUCCGAUGUACGCUAUGAAAUCCUCUCUCCAGUGCCCUGCCCGUUCUUCUCCAUUGGACACGUUGAUGGUGUUAUCAGGACCACUAUUCCCCUGGAGCUGGCACAAGCCCCAAGCACAGAGAUCACUAGGCUGCAGGUGAAGGCCUUUGAACGGCUCCAGCUGUGGGCCAGUGUGGAGCUCAAUAUCACGGUGAAGGUGCAGCCGGUCAACCGCUGGCCCCCAUACUGCAUCCCAGCACAACUCCUGACUCAAGUCCCGGAGAAUGUGCCUGUGGGCACCAUACUGAGCACUUUCACUUGCAAUGACCCCGACUCUCCUGGCUCCACCCUCGAUUACCAGCUGCAGUUGCAUGGCCCUCCUGGCUCUACCAGCCUUUGUCUUUGGGAUAGAUCCUUGGAGGUGAACGACACACUGGACUGCGAUGCUCCUGGGGGCUGCUUGCAGCAUGCUGCCACCAUCCUGGUGCUUGAUGGUGGGCAGCCGGUAAUGAGCACUGAGGUACCAAUCCUGGUGAUGGUGACACCUGUCAAUGAGUUCUCUCCAACCUGUGCCCCACGUUCACUACGGGUUCCUGAGGAUGUCAGGCCCCCCGCUGUGCUGGGCUCCGUGGCAGGCACAGACAAGGACUACCCACAUGACAACAUAGAGUACUAUAUCUCUGGAGACUCCAGCACCUUUGCUGUGGAUCGUCUAAGUGGGAAGAUUCACCUUCUGGGGCAUCUGGACUUUGAAGUAAAACGGCUGUAUAGGCUCAUUGUUCUGCUAGUUGAUUAUGGCCAAGACCAGCACCCAGACCAUCGCCGCACAGGCUCCUGCACCAUCACCAUCGAGGUUGAGGAUGUGAAUGAUCAUGCCCCUGAGUGUGAGCCCCCAUUCCAAGAACUAACCAUCCACACCCCUCCGGGACGUAGUGUAGAAGUGACCAAGGUGUCAUGCUGGAUUCCUCGGGAGCCACAGCGCCUGGCUUUCUCCUAUAGCAUUGUGAGAGGAAAUAGUCAAAACCAAUUCAGCCUGCAGGGGGCCGUCCUGGUGUACAAAGGUCUCAAGUUGCAGCCAUCCUGGCCAGAGCAGCCUGACAUUUAUGAGCUAUUAAUCCGUGUGGUUGAUACAGGAUCCUCCAUCCCCCACCUCAGCACCACAGCCACCAUCAUUGUGCAUCUAGUUCCCUGGAUAGCCAGCACGAUGGCUACAACUACUCAUAGAGUCGCCACAACUCCUUCGCCGGUGACAUCUCUGCUUGUGACAGUCAUGGAGGCUUUCUGGCAGCCAGAGCCCUGGUUUGUGGUGGUGCUCACAGUGACAAGUGGCCUUCUUCUCCUGGCUCUUGGCUGGCUCCUACGCAAGCUCCUACUGAGGUUGACCCAAGUGUUACGGGCAUCAAGCAAAUCAGACCAGGCCCUGCUGCUAAACAGUAUUCAAGCAACUGAAGGUUCCACUGAAGUUUUUAUGGAGGCACCAAAGAUAGAGAUGUCCCAGGCUCCUCAGAAGGUCAGGAGCCUGCAUUUUGAUGGCAGAGCAGAGGAUGCCCGUACAGGAAGAGCAUACCUGUUCAACACAAGGACGGGAGCUCGGCGCUGGCUCUGA